CGUCGUCAUCAAGAGAUGGAGAGAGAGAAGGGGCAGGGGAUUAAAGAGUCUUUUUGACAUUUUCAUUUUACAUCUGAUGCAUGUGUUUUUUUUUAGAGUUACACGAUAUCAAAUAAUAAUGUCCGGAGCUAGGUCGGAAUUUCCACUGGAAGAUGUUAAUAUAAAUGGACCUAAUUACCUUAAACAUGCCUUAACGAGCUGUACAGAUCCUUUGAAAGCAAUUGAAGAGUUUCAAAUCACUAAUGGUAUUUUACUUCCAUCGUUACGACCAAUGCUUCCGCUUCUAGACCUUCACGGUGUGAGAAGACUCGAUUUCCAUACUUCUGUUGUGGAGGCACUUCAAGAAAAACUAAUAUCACACAUAGAUGAAAUAGGCGCAAAAGAAGGAAAAGAACGGGAUAAAAAAUUAAAGGAGCUAUUAAAUAAGAGCUUUCCAGUUGUAAAAGUGAAAGCCCUCAGACCGAUUGUUAUGUGUAUUUUACGAAAUACCGCGCAAAUAGAGGAUCAUUAUCUUAGAGUGUUAGUUAGAGAUCGCGAUUUGUAUAAUGAUACAGAUACGGAGGUGAAAAGACAAAUUUGGAAAGAUAACCAAUCGUUAUUUGGUGAUGAAGUCUCACCUUUAUUAAGCCAAUAUAUUAGUGAAAAAGAAAAUAUUUUAUUUGAUCAUACUAAUAUUACAACACAAUUUUUUGGGCCAUCGCCAAAGGUGAGGAGGCAAGGAGAAGUAGUUCAAAAAUUAGCUCAUAUGAUAGGAAAUAGCGUUAAAUUAUAUGACAUGGUUUUGCAGUUUUUACGAACGCUAUUUUUACGAACAAGGAACGUUCACUAUUGUACGUUACGAGCAGAAUUGUUAAUGGCACUUCAUGAUUUAGAAGUUCAAGACAUCAUUUCCGUGGAUCCGUGUCAUAAAUUCACUUGGUGUCUAGACGCUUGUAUACGUGAGAAAAACGUCGAUAUUAAAAGGUCCAGAGAACUCCAAGGAUUUUUAGAUAAUGUAAAAAGAGGUCAAGAACAAGUUUUAGGAGAUUUAUCGAUGACGUUAUGUGAUCCAUACGCUAUUAAUUUCUUAGCUACAUCUGCUAUUAAAAUUUUGCAAGUAUUAAUUAAUAACGAAGGAAUGCCCAGAGAUAACCCCAUUCUUAUAUUACUACUUCGAAUGUUGGCGUUAGGUUUAAGCGCUUGGGUAAUGAUUGAUUCUCAAGAUUUUAAAGAACCAAAAUUGGAUAGUCAAAUAGUUACAAAAUUCUUACCUGCUUUAAUGUCGCUUAUGGUUGACGAUCAAGUACGCCAAUUAUCCACUAAACUUCCUCACGACGAAAGAGAAGCUGCCAUAACAAUAAUCGAACAUGCAGGUCCACUUCCAGACGCUGUAGAAGCUUACAUUCAAGAAAGCUCUGUAGCCAGUUUAUUAGCAAUGUAUUACACACUUCAUGUUACAAGACACAAAGAUCGAGUUGGAUUAUUAAGAAUACUAGCAGUUUUAGCCAAUUGUAAAGAUGAUAGAGCUUUUGAAGAUCCAUUUUUACAUUCACUAGUUGGUUUGUUAAUACAUGUUCCUGAAGAGUUUGGAACAGCUGAUUUUUGCACCGGUCUCUUUGACGAGUUCUUUUUUGCGGGACUACAAAGAGAUAAUGUUGCAAGGCAUUUAUUGAAGUUAUUAUGGUAUGUUUAUCCGAAAUUGCCAAGCAAUCGAUUGCACACUUUAAUAAAGGCCCUACAACCGACGCAUCAACACAGCGAAAAAGUCCAUACUCUUUAUCACGCGUUACACGAAAAGAUUAACGCACAACAAGAGCCAGUGGUUCAAGCUGAUAUGGAUAUCGAUAUAAAUUCUCCGUUAAUGAGUGUACCAACACCAGCGCCAUAUCAUCAUACGUUAUAAAAGGAUUAUGAUUUUUUUUGCCGAAGAUAUCAAACUAUUACCUACGUUACAUUUUAGUUUUUAUUUUAAAGAUUAAGUGAAAUACAUAUUCUUAUUUACAAUGAUUUUUUCAAUAUUUAUAACUUAAAUUUGAUUCGCAUAAUAAACUAAUUAAAACUAGA